UUCGCUCCUAGCAAUUUGUCUCAUGGCAAAGAAAGUCUCAAAGCUGUGAUCUUCUCUUCCUCGCUGCCUCUCCUUCAGCCAACUCCUCCUUUUCUGUUCCCCCCACUUCUGUCACAGCUGAUGUUUUUUGGCGCAGCAACUCGCAUCGACCCACACGCUCGUUUUGCGCUUCUUUUUUUUUUUUAAUCCUCCCGUAAAUUCCGCCGGCGAGCGAAGGCAAGCGCUUGAUUCCUGACUCGGCUCGCCGGAAUCGUCGUCUGACAUGCGAAGAGAGCGCACGCUCGGCCGGACUCUGGGGACAAGAGACGGAGAGAAAGACGAGGAUGAUUGAGGGAGGAGGAGGAGGAGGAUUGGAAGCGGCACGGGAAGAACUCUGGGGAUUGACGUAACGACACCAAGCAGGGCGCUCACAUCUGGAACAGUUUGAGCAGCUGCACCUGAAGGAGGACUUUCUCUCUUCGCAUUUUUUAUUGACCCUUUUUUUCUUCUCCGGACCGACUCCUGGCAUGCUCAACAAAUAAGACUCAAGACCAAGAACAAUGGGCUAACAUGGAAACCAAACACUCGAGGUAGGAAUGAUGAGCCUUAUCAGAAGCUCCGUCAAGCAGUGACCGUAAGAUUUAUGACUCUGUUAGUUUUGGCAGAGUUUGUCCUGCCACUCCACAGGUUUAGUUUGUUUUGGAAGAAGAUCCCAGGAGGCCACGUCAGGAGAGGAGACCAUCUUCAAAAGAGCUAAUAACACCCACCCCCCUCUCCUUUAGUCCUAGGCUUCCCAAAAGUUCCCUCCCUCCUUUGGCCUCCCAGCCUACCUGCACCAGUCACAACACGCUGGAGAGCCACCGGGAGCUGAGGGAAUCCACAGGACGCGGCCGGAGUCACACCGACUGAGCUCUACCGCCACGCAGCAUGUCUAAAGCCUCCAGGCUGGCCCGGCCUCCGUCGGCCAGGGCCGCGUCCAAGCUGCCCUCUCCCAGGAAGGAAUGCCCCGGCACGGCCGCUAUGGCCGGUCAGGCCCGGCUCCUCAGCGUGGGCGAGAAGCUGAUGAGGGCGGGCACUGACAGCUUGUUGACCAAACAGAAAUCGGUAUCAGCCGCCGGGCCCCAGGACAAGGCACGGGGCCCGGGUGAAGCGGGACCGGCCAUGGAGUCCAACCCUUCUAAGAGCAGAACCAGCCUGCCUAAAGCACCCAGACAGGAACAAGGCUCUGUACAGAAGCAAACCAAGAGCAACCUGAGGGUCACUUCCCCCGAGGACACCGAGCACGCCACACGAAGACAGGCCCCGCCGAAUGGGACCCAGGCCUCUAAGGGCGGCCGCAGCGUCCCGCGCAGGCACACGCUAGGGGGGGCCCGCGGCAGCCGAGAGAUCCUGGCCAUGCAGCCCCCUGACAUGGACAAGAAGAGGGAGGCCUUCCUGGAGCACCUCAAGCACAAGUACCCCCACCACGCCUCCGCCAUCAUGGGGCACCAGGAGAGGUUGCGGGAGCAGAGUAGAAGCCCCAAGCACAGCCACAGCCCCCUGCCUGGCGUGGGCGACCAAGUCGACCACCUCUCCUUGACUUCGCUGGACUCGCUGGAGGCCAUGUCUGAGGUUGAAGUGCCAUUGGGCUUCACCCGGGGCACCCGGAUACGCGCCAGCCUGCCCGUGGUGCGGUCCACCAACCAGACCAAGGACCGCUCGCUCGGCGUGCUCUACCUGCAGUACGGAGACGAAACCAAACAGAUCCGCAUGCCCAACGAGAUCACCAGCAUCGACACGAUCCGCGCCCUGUUCGUUAGUGCCUUCCCUCAGAUGCUCACCAUGAAGAUGCUGGAGUCGCCCAGCGUGGCGGUCUAUGUCAAAGACGACAUGAGGAACAUGUACUACGAGCUCAGCGAUGUCAGGAACAUCACAGACCACUCCUGUCUAAAGGUAUACCACAAGGACCCGGCACAGGCGUUCAGACCGACCAAUGGCGAUUCCAGGAUGCACAUUGAGAUGGCGAAUCCUCCGAGACAGCCCCCCAUGGGCCCUCCGGCCCAUCAUCCUUUGCAGGCGGGACUACCCCCGUCACCGCACUCCAUGCAGCCUUCUCGAAUCCCGUUCAGCCCGCGACAGGCCUCUCUGCCCGGCAACGGCACCACGCCCAGGGAGCGCCUGUCCACCGCCAACCCUCCGGCCCGCUCUAUCUCCCCGUGUCCCAGUGCCAUCCUAGAGAGGCGGGACGUCAAGCCGGAUGGGGACAUGAGUGGGAAAACUCACAGCCUCAGCAGAGGAAAUGAGGGCUUGUACGCGGAUCCCUUCCUUCUCCAGGAGGGAAGGAUGAGCAUGGCGGCUGCACACGGGCCACACCCAAGCCCUGGGCAUGAUUGUCCAGACCACGGCAUGCCUGGAUUCCACCGCGCCUCUAUCCGCUCCACAGGUUCUUACAGCGGCCCCAGCCCCACAGACUCCAUUGACCACCCCUCCCUGUACAGGCAGAAGUCUCGAAACAGCCAGCUGCCCACUCUGGGGUCCAAGACCCCUCCUCCAUCCCCUCACCGCAUAGGUGAUGUACGGAUCAUCGACAUCCACGGCAGUGUCCCCAUAGAGAGGAGCUCUCCUGUCCGCCAGUCCUUCAAGAAGGAUGACGUCACGGGCGCCAAGCCCAGAAACAACACGGGAUCCUCCGAUCCUCAAGGGUCCAUCCCGCCUGCAAGUGACAAUCAAGCACGAGAGCGAAUGAAGGCAAUGGAGCAGCAGAUUGCCAGCUUGACUGGCCUUGUUCAGCAUGCACUUUUAAAGGGGCCUGCCAGUGAGAAAACCUCAAAGACGUCGUCUCCAGCUCACAGUGCACACAGCUCAGGUGACUCACCAGUGCCGCCUGCCAAGUGCAAUCCCUCCAAUGUGGUUUGCCCAGACAAGACCCAAGUUCCUUUCAAAGCCAACCUGCUGCAGUUCAGGAAGAACGUCUCUGACCUCAGGAUGCAACUCCAUCAAAUGAGACAGAUGCAGCUCCAGAACCAGGAGGUACUGCGUGUGCAGCUGAAGAGAGCCGAACAGGAAAUCGGCAUGAAGCUUGCAGAGGCGGUGCGGCGUCUGGACGACCCGGUCCAGAAGCAGAGGGCUUCGGUAGAAGAGGACCGGCAAAAGUACUUGAGCCUGGAGGAGCGUGUGCUAGUACAGCUCGGGGAUCUGGAGCAGUACGUGGUCUCUCUGCAGAAGGACUCAUCAGGGACUCACAGAGCAGUGACCCUGAAGGACGUGGAAGAGGGGGCGGUGACCCUAAGGAAAGUUGGAGAAUCUCUGGCAGGUCUCAAAGGAGAGUUCCCGACCCUGCAGACCAGGAUGCGCUCUGUCCUCAGAGUGGAAGUGGAAGCCGUAAAGUUUUUAAAGGAGGAACCUCAUAAACUGGACAGCAUGCUGAAAAGAGUCAAGAGCCUGACGGAUACACUCAGCAGUCUGAGAAGAAGUGCCACUGAGGGCCUUCAGAAAGCAGCCGAUACAAACAUCCCAGGGGACAACAGCCCAUCUGUAGCAGAGGACCCCCUCCCAGCAUCGGUCCAACCUCGCUCCACAGCACCCCCUCUGGAGUCCCAGAGCUCCACCGCUAAAUCGGAGGUUAACCCCGCUUCUCCGGUGGUCCUCCAUCAUAUCGAGAGUGCCCUGAUCCACUCACAGCAGUCUGCCAGUUUGUCAGCCGCUCAGCCCAGUUCCACACUUACCCCCAGCCUCACUCACUCCAACGCCCCCAAUCUCAGCAAGACCCAAGGCCGGGAAUCCCCCAAAGCGUCAGCCGCGGAGCCACCCGGUCCAGCCCAUCCUAAGAAGCCAUGUGGCAGCCCGGUGAACCAUAACAACCGGACCAUCGGCCAAGAUCUUGUUAUUGGGGAGCUGCAAACCAAUCAGGACAAACGCAGAAACAGAGCCGUGUCUAUAGAGGCAGCAGAGAAGGAGUGGGAGGAGAAGAGGCAGAACAUGGGUCAGUAUGAUGAAAAAGAGUUUGAGAAAAUUCUUCAAGAGGCUGAGGCCAACAUGACAAAAGGACUUCCCAGUCCAGAUGGGACGUCUAAUCCCGGGGUGCUGCCUGCAAACGCCCAAAGCCCUCUACAGUCCCCAACAGAGCCCCGGCGUGAGCCUCUGUCGGACAAAGCAUCCAAGAAAGUCCCGGAGAAACUCCCAAAGCCAAUGCUGGAGAAAGCUGCCAAGCCCGUGCUGGAUAGACCCUCCAAGACUUCCCCCAAACCUGCGUCCCCCGACAGUUCUCACAAGCUGGCAUCUGAAAAGGCCACCAAGUCCCCGCCACCACCACCUCCCAGGAAGACCUUCACCAGCUCCAGCUCAGGGAUGACCACCACACGGUGUGGGGAGGUGGUGUACACCAACAGGAAAGACUCCGCGUCAGCUCAGGAGGGUGAAGACGAUGAUGUAUUUCCUGUUGCCCAAAUCAAGCCCACCAAAGCUGCACCAACAGAAGCCAAGAAUCCCGCAGCCCCAACUCUCGUUGUUGCCUCUUCUGCCAGGGAUGAGGAGGAUGAAGGUGACAAGAUCAUGGCAGAACUUCAGGUUUUCCAGAAAUGCACAGUUCAGGAGGUAGGGGUGCAAAACGUGGUGGAACCCACCACUCGAAUUGAAGCCCAAAUAAGAGAACUAAGAACAGGGCCCGUGCUGCCCGUCAAAGAGAAGAAGAACUCAGAGCCCAAUCGUGACGGAAAAGAUCCAGACACUGAUGAAAACGGGAACACUACUGUGCGGCAAAGCCAAGGGGUCAUUUACUACGUGACUGGAAAGAUUCCAUCCCAUUCGGGAACAGAAGAAACCCAUGAACACGGGGAGCCCGCCCAGUCUCCAACACAGGUGUCAAAUGUCACUGUUAAUGACAAUUCUUCAGGCCAACCACUGUCACAGCCUUCCAAGUCACCACCGCCCAAAUCUCCACCGCCUAUUUCGCCCAAGCCUGUGGGACUGAAUGGAUUCAAACUGCCCAGGAAGCCCAUGAAACGCUCGGCGUCCUUAAAAACUAGCGCGGAGAUGGAGAAGGGGAAGAACCUAAACAGAAUCAACGCAGAAAAGAAGAGUCCGUUUAUUCAGGAGUCGGUUUCUUCCACUAAGAAUGUCAAUCCUGAGACUGCAGCAGCCGCCGCAGUCAGUACUGCAAGAGUGGUGACCAAACGUCCUGCCCCGCUCCCUCCACUCAGGAGGUCUUCAAAUGAGGACAGCAAUCCGCCGAAACAAAGCUUGGAGGUGGGAAACGAAGAAGCAAGCUUGAGUCCUGACGCAGGAGAAGAAGCACCACCUCCCCCUGACAACAUUGGCUUUAUGAUCACUAACACUAAAGUUCAGGCGCUGUCUUGUGGCGAGUAUCAGGAACUGGUCAAUGCCAAGAAAGGAGGCGUCCGGACGGUGACUGUAGGCGAUGCCACAAGCCGAGGAAGCGCCUCAGAAGAUUCUGCCGUGUCACUGGAUAAUGGCUUCAGUAAGAAGCCCCUCAUCAUUAUUUUCGACGAACCCAUGGACAUCCGCUCGGCCUACAAACGCCUGUCCACCGUCUUUGAGUGCGAGGAGGAGCUGGACAGGAUGCUCGCAGCGGAGCGCAUCGAUGAGGAGAGCGAGGAGUCGGACACAGACCGAAGCAGCGGGCUGCAGGUGAAAGACAAAGGAUUCGUGGUCGACAGCAAAAAGGUCCGUUCUUCUCAGGGAGACCAAACCAGCCUGUCGUCGUCCUCUUCAUCUUUAGUCUCAGAAUCGGGAGACAGCAAGCAGGACGGCAAGAAAAAGUUCAAGUUCAAGUUCCCUAAGAAACAGCUGGCAGCACUGACCCAAGCAAUUCGCAUCGGCACCAAGUCUGGAAAGAAGACGCUACAGGUGGUUGUCUAUGAGGACGAGGAGGAGUCAGACGGGACAGUGAAGCAGCACAAAGAAGCCAAGAGAUUCGAGAUCUCACGCUCAAAGUUCUUAGCGGACACCGUCAAAGCACCGAGCCCGACCCCACUUAAGAGGCACAACUCCGACUCCAUCUGCAGGACCAACGAGAUACGUAAGAGCACGUACAAGACAUUGGACAGCCUGGAACAGACCAUCAAGCAGCUGGAGACCACCAUAAACGAAAUGGGUCCUUGCUCCCCCGAGGAACCUGUUUGCCCUGAGGUGAAAAAGGAAGAGAAAGUCUCGGAAGGCGUUGGGCUGAAGAGGUCGGCCUCUCUGCCUACCUCUAGAGGCUCGGCUCUUAAACUAGCUGGGAAGAGUUCAUUCCAGAAGAAGCCUAAACCUGUGCUCCUCCCACGCCCUGUAGUCAUCCCCAGCACCGCCAGCACCGCGAUCCCUACCCCCAGUGCCCCCAUCACCCUCCAGCAGAACACCAGUGUCGCUUCCCCCACUAGUCGGAUGCCCGUCCCUUCCACGGCGAAGUCCAGGCAGUCGCCAGCAACGACUGACAAAGCGGCGAAACAGCAAAAACUGCAGGAUGCUCAAAGGCAGUUCCGACAGGCUAACGGAAGUACUAAAAGAGUGGGAGGGGAUCAUAAAACGACUUCCCCCACUGUCUCUAAAAUCCCCGCUUUUUACCCUAGCGCGACUAAGAGCACCUCAGACGCCUGUAAUCCCACUAACGCCCCGCCCUCUUCCAAGUCCUCUCUGCCGUCCCCGCACGGCGCUCGCCCCGCCGCCCCCCACCCCUCCCACAUCCCCUCCCUGUCUAACGGGUGUCUCAAACCUCCCUCGCAGCACGCGGGCAAAGCCCUGGCCUUCUCCGCGCAGGCCCAGAACGGUCGCGUGCAUUCCUCCUCCUCCUCCUUCUCCUCUUCAUCCUCCUCUUCCACCCCCUCCCCUCUGUCGCCCACACCCGUGGGCCCGGGCGGGAAGAGCAUCCGAACCAUACACACCCCCAGCUUCACCAGCUACAGGGCCCACAACGGCAACGGCGGCAAAUCCUGCAUCCCGACAACCUCCACGGCGAAGGACGCUAUUUAGAACCUGCUACCCUCUUCAAGUCAUCUGGGUUUAUUUUCUAGGAAUUAAGUGAGCCCACUUCCUGUCUUAUUUUUCACUGACCAUAGUUUUUAACACAAUGUGGCGUUUAAAGUCUAUUUUUAUUCUGGUUUUUAACGAUAUAUAUCUGGCAGACGGUGUAGAGAUUGUCUUUUAUUUUUCAUACCAGAGCUUUUGGAUAUGCAUAGUAUAUUUAACGCCCUAGCCCUUGUAAAUGCCUUAUAAAGCCACUUUAAUGACUACUUUCUCAUCAACCCUCAACUGCCAAGAUCGAAAAUGGGAAAAAAAAAAAAAAUCAAGUGACGCCCUGAGUAAUAACAAGCGUGCCUAUUUGCCAAACCACACCUUUUUCGGGGACUUACCGUCGUCGGUAAUGUAAACAAUGGAUCACUCCUAUAGCAAAGUCAACGCCUCUACUAAGACAGUAAGUAGUUUUCUUAACAUACCAAAGUUUGUUUGUAUGCAUGCCUAUCGGGUAUUUUAGGAGAGUGCUGUAAAAAAUAAAAAAUAAUGUUUGCACAAAGUGACGUUGUAAAUAGCUGUCGGGUUGUUGUUAUUUUUUUUUGUAAAGCUUUAAGUCAUAUCACCAUGUUGUCAACAGCUCGUGCUUGUAAAGCAUCAAGCUUCCAUAUUUGGGUUUUCUGAUUAAAUGGCUUUACCGUGUUUAAAAAUAAAAAA